AGGUAGCAGACAAGAAACAAGAGUAAGAUAGUGGAAGAGAAAGGGGGGAAACAUGUUUUUUCUUUUUUAAGAUUAUGACCAGCAGACCCUGUGCAUGUUGCAUGACUUGUCCUUGCUGCCCAGGGUGUAAUUGCUGUAAGAAAUGCCUCAGAAUAUGUGGCCCCAAACAAUCCAGCCUGUGCUGGAAGUUUGUGUUUACAGAUGAAAGGAACUGUGACUGUUGCUACUGCCCACAUGAUGAUGACACCACCUGCCAGUGCUGUCACUGUGCAUUCUCAGAAAGCCCCAACUGUCGCUGGUGCUGCUGCUCCUGUGCUAAUAAUAGAAACUGCAAGUGCUUGUGCUGUACUGAGGAGAAUAAUGAAUGUCAGUGCUAUGAAAGUAGGUGUUGCACUUUUCCAUAUUUGCCAUACAGACGUGGAGCUAAAUUACGAAAAAGACUCAGAAGCCGAGGGGCAAGUGAUACAUCUGUCAUUACAUUGGAUAAAGAGCCUUCUGGACAUGCUUUUAUUGACCAGCUUGUAUGCCCAUUGUGCCAACGAAUGUUUCUCCGCCCGUUUAUGUUGCCAUGCAAUCACUGCAUUUGUGAUAAAUGUAUCAUGCAGAGCAGACUGAAUGCUGAAAUUACAGAGAGUUUCUACAUCAUCACAUGUCCAAUCUGCAACAAAGCACAUUGCCUACCAUUUUCUAAGAAAAUGUAUCUGAGGAUUAAUUAUCUAAGGGCCAGAUUGGCUAGAAAGUAUAUGCGCCGAUACGGUUUCCUAAGAUGGAGGUUUGACAAAAGCUAUGUCCCAAUCUAUUGCCAGAUUUGUGACGAUCAAAAGGCGGACAAGAGAUGUUUGUCAUGUCAGCUGAACUACUGUAAUAUUUGCCUGAGGAAUUAUCACCAAGAUAUUUCCUCAUUAAAUCAUGCCUAUGCUAAAAUUAGUGAUGACAUCUGGGAAGACAAAACCUGCUUAAUCCAUGGUGAAACAGCGCUUUCCAAAUACUGCCUUGAAGAUCAUGAGCUACUAUGUGAAUAUUGUGCUGAGGCACAACAUAAUGAUCAUAACAAAGUUUCUUUAUCAGUAGCAUGUACAAAAAUGUCUGCUAUGUUAUUUACGACUAUUGCAAAGUUUAAAAAAGUCCGUUAUGUAAUUGAUAAUGACCUAAUGGAAGUCCUUGUAUUAAAAAACAAUUUUAAAUCUUACAAAGAAACCAAAAGGAAAGAGAUCAGGAAUGGUUUUAUGAGGUUACGGAUGAUAAUUCAAGAGCGUGAAAAAGAACUGAUGGAGGCAGUAGAAAACCUUGAACUUCAGAAACAAAAGGCACUUUAUGAAUUUGCAAACCAUGCAACAAGGAAAAUUGAUCAAAUGGACAGCCUCAUGCAAUAUUCUAAGGAAGCUUUAAAAGAACAGAGCCCUAUUGCAUUCCUGCAAUCUGCUUGGAGCUUAAUAAAGGAAGUAGAAGAUAUAAUUGCAAGUCUUUAUCAGCCCAACCCAUACCUUAAGGAAGACCCAAUAAAGCAUCUUAAAGUCAACUUUGAGGAACUUGCUGAAAACCUAGUGAGCAUUUUCCCAUCAAUCCGCAAUAAAUUACGAUAUGAACAAAUGAAUAAAAGUCCUUAUCCUUGCAGUUCUGAUAUCAUGAUUCCAAGGACUGUUUCAAGUGCACAUAUUUCAAACCCACUAGGACUGAACAGAAGUUUCUCCUUAUCGUCAUUUCAUUCACUGGCUGAUCAAACCUUUAUGAGCAAUGAACUGCAUAUUAGACCAAAAUCAUCACCUCCAACAGAGUUGAAAGGAAAUCAAUUGUAUUCUAUUUGGAAUGCAUCAUCAGAUACUUCAAAAGAUAUAAGAAACUAUCCAAGCUACGGACCCAGUUACAAUCCAGAUGUACAGGAGGAAUCUUCUUCACCUCCUGGUCUUGUCGUUAUUUACCAAACUCUUGUCUACCCAACUAUUGCUAAGCUUUAUUGGACCUGUCCAACAGAAGAAGUAGAUAGCUUUGAAAUUGCUUAUUAUGAAGUACUUGAUGAAGAGGCAGCUGAGAGUUUAAUCCAGCCACAACUCAUAGGAGUACUUACUGGAAUUGUACAACAGAAUCUAGAAAUACAUAAUCUGUCCCCUAAUACAGAAUAUCUCUUUAAAGUUCGAGCUGUCAAUGACAAUGGUCCAGGAGAAUGGAGUGAAGUCUGUAAGGUGAUGACUCCAGAUGUGCGUGCCAAAGUCAAAGCCAGAUGGGGACUGCUGAGAAAUGUUCAAUCUGCUUUCCGCAGAUAAUCCUGAACUACAGAUCUACAAAUCAUUUUAAGGAGGAAGCUGAAAGUAAGCUAUCAGAUAGAAUCCCAUUAUAUUUUUUCUUUUCUUCAUUCUUUUUAAAUUAAAUUUGUGAACUAGGACCUAAAAAUAUUCCUUCCAGAAUAAAGAGGUCCAUGAAAUAAAGAAAUUCAGCUCUUGUAUUUUAUGUUUUACAAUUUUCCACUUAAGAUGGUUAAAAAAUUACAUUGUUUAAGAAAUACAUGAUGAAAAAUCCCUUAAAUAAAUUCUGUGGUGUACCAAACCUUCAAAGGAACAUAAUAGAUAUGUUUUCAUAUGGGAAUGAAGGGCUCACUCUUUAUCUUGUCAGUCCAGAGACUUGGUCUGUGUUUCAUUUUAAUUGGAUAUUGAAAAUUACUUUCUGGAUAAAAUAUUUGAACAGUCCACCUAUUAUAGAUUGUGCCUGAAAUUUGUAGGAAUUUUAUAUGCUGUUUUCACUUCAUUUACUUAUCCUUUGGACUUUAGCAGAAUGCUGCUACAACAGCCAUUAUCAUCUGUACAUUUUAUACACGAUAGGCACUAUAUAGAUGAAUAUGUAAUAAAAAGUUCAGCAACUAAUAAAAAUUCAGCAGUUAAGUGGAAUUCAGUCCCAUUUAAGAGUCCAAAUAAACAUUCAUUUAUUGUCUUCAAGUUUUUCAAGCAUCAGAGUCUUCUCCAGUAACUCUUGUCUUUGUAUUAUGUGUCGAAAGUAUUUAAGCAUUAGUUUCACAAUUAUUGCUUCCAGUGAAUAGUUUGAUUUUACUUUAUCUAAUCUAGAAUUAUUCAUUAUUGUGUGGAUCAAGUAAUACUUAGCAAUUUUUUUCAGCACCAUCUCUCAAAGGCAUUUUUUCCCCUGCAGACUUUCUUAUGGAUCCAGAUUUCACAGCCAUAUGUUAGAACUGGGCAAAACAUUGCAUUGAUAAUACAUAUCUUUGUUGCCAGUUUCCUAUGUCUGCAUUACAAGAAUAUUAAACCAAUAGAAAAUUGGGAGCUAGUGUAACUGUUUUUUCAAAACAUUACUUAGCAAUAACCAAAUGUACUGCAAUGGAGCUUUGGCACCAUAUUUAGCAUCUUUCUGAACAGGCAUAAGAGUGUCCUUAUAUAUAUAUAGGACAUUACACAAAUAGAGAUUUGAGGAUACUAAUAGAUGAGUUAAUAAAGCUGAACUAUCCAUAUCAAACAUUUUUUCUUCAGUAAAGAGAUUCCAUUAACUGACUCAACAAGCUUUCCUAACAUACCGCCGGGUGGCUUGGACCAACUCACAUAAAUCCUAGUGAGCACAAUCAUGCAAAUUAGGCAAAGCUACCCCAGUUCAUAUUUUGGUGUCACUAUCAAUCUAGAAAUGUAAAUCAAGAAAAAGUUAUGGGUGCUAGACUAUUCUCAAAUAGCUAGUCAAAAAAUUGCAAGGAUAGACUUCCACAGAUACAAAAGUUCUGAUAAGUAAAUCUAAAUAGCUAAUGAAACUAUUGUGAAAGAAUUACAGUGUCCUCUGUAUCUGAAAUGCCUGUGUAUACUGAAAUCAAGGCUUGAACCACUGUGUGUUUCUUUACUUCCUAUGCACUAAGCCAUUCUCUUCUGGGCAAAUGUAUUGUUUUCCCUUUCUCUUGUUUUUAUAAUGAAUAGAUCUGAUACUAUACUAUUUACUUGUGACUAUGGGAGAACUGACUCUCAAAUAGGGCACCAAAUUCUGCAGCACAAUGAAUCACUUAAUAAAAAUUUUGCUUUAAAAAGAAUGUCUUUAUAUGUUUAAGAACAUGUUAGCACAGCAGUUAAAACUGAUAUAAAUUAAUACUAGCAAUCUAUGGACCUUUUGUUUUCUGUCAAAUUCAGCAGCUUUCUUUCAUCUUCAUUUUAUCAGUGGCCCUAAGGAUGCUUGUCAAACCCUUAUCUUAUUCUCAUCUGUUUGCUAAUUCAUCUCACUGUUUUUCUUUCCCUUGCUAACUUAAAAUUUGAUUGACUUAAUCACACUAAUCCCUCUUUGUUGCCAUUUAUAAACUUUGGGCUAUUAGAAGGACAUACCUUUCAGUGACACUUAGCAAAUAAAAAGUUUCUGU